CUCCGCACUUUCUCAGUCAUUCAUUGCGCCUCCGUUGGACUCGCAGUUUGGACGAUGUUUGCGUGCAGAGCAGCCUGGCAGAGGUGUGGGCCUCUGGCGCGACAGUCCCUGUACCGCGCACACCUCAGUAGAGAUGUAGUUCCACGGAGGCUCAUGUCGUCAGUUCCUGGCGGCUCUGGUGAGAAUUUCCUUUAUGUCGUGCUCUGCGGUGGAGCCUUCGCAGGUGGCUUGGCAUAUGCUUAUAGAACCGUUUCAACAGACCACGCACGUUUUGUUGAUCGUGUUUCUGAAAUUGAUGCUCGUCCCAAGUCUGACUGGAAACCCAAAGCAUGGCCACCCAAGGGUGAGGAGAAUGGCAGUGAAGAAGCUGGUGCAGAGGAAGGUGAGGUGGCAGAAACUGUAGAGAUCACAGCCGAGGAGAAUGUUCCUGCUGAGGCACCUGAGGUCUUGCUGGAAGCAGCCGAGGCCACUGGAGGGAAGACAGGAACUCUUGAGACCGUUGUGGAAAAGGUUGCCGAGACGGUCGCAGAGACUGCAGAGGUGGUUGCUGAGGUGGCGGGGGUUGUUGCUGAGACAGCAGAGGAGGUGGCAGCGGUGGCAGAGGAAGUGCAGAAGGUUGCAGAGGAAGUAGAAGCAGCAGCAGAGGCUGUCGUAACUCCUGUUAUCCAAGCUGAAGAGCCGGCGUCAGAGAGCAACGAAUCAGUCAGCCCAGCAGAAGCAGAAACGGCAGAGCCGGCUGCUGCCUCCGUGAUCGAGGCUGUUCCUAUGGAGUCUGUAUCCGUGGAAGAUGUGCCAGUUGAAGCUGUACCAGAGAAGCUCACUGAGGUUCCUACAACAGAUCGUUUGGAAAGUGAACCUGUAACAGAGGUGGCAUCCGUUUCUCCAGUGACAGAAGCAGCACCAGUUUCUCCAGUUGUAGAAGAGCCACCUGUUGCCACAGUGGUAGAAGAGGCUCCAGUAGCAGAGGAGACACUAGUUGUUUCACCAGCAGCAGAAGUAUUUGUUUCUCCAGUGACAGAAACAGCACCAGUUUCUCCAGUUGUAGAAGAGCCACCUGUUGCCACAGUGGUAGAAGAGGCUCCAGUAGCAGAGGAGACACCAUUUGAUUCACCAGUAUCGGCAGAAGAAGCAUCUGAUGUCCUGGUGAUAGAACAGGAAAUAUUGGUCGUCCCAGUGACAGAAGAGACACCAGUUUCCUCUGUAACAGAAGAGGCACCUGUUGGUCCAGAAGCAGAGGAGGUAUCAGUUGCCCCAUUGACUGAAGAGAUGCCUGUUGCCCCUGUGCCAGAAGAGGCAGCAGUUUCCUUGGUAACUGAAGAAGCUCCUGUUGCUGUGGCUGAAGAUGCACCGUUUGUAGCAACUGAAGAACUUGAGGAAACACCUGCAGCCAAAGUAACAGAAGAGGUUAUUCCAGUGGUUGAGGAAGGUGUGGAAGUGAAGGCAGCAGAGGUGAUUGCAGAAAGUGCAGUUGUGGAGGCUUCAGUAAGUAUAGUCGAUGAAGAAGCAGGUCCAUUUGUGGAAGUUACAGAAAGUGUUGUUGAACCAGAUGUUGCGAGCACAGUGGUAGCUGAGGAAGUUGCUCCAGCUGAAACAUCAAGUGCGCCUGAUUCUUUGGAAGAGCCCAAACAAGACUACAUAGUGGUUAUCUUGGAGGGAGCUCCCAAAACAGAAAAGAAGCCCAUGGUGCUCGGUGUGUCCCCCAUGACUGGCAAGAUCAUCUCUGCCCCUGAUGAUGGUGAAGAGCCAUCGGGACAGGUAACAGGGCAAGCGCCGUAUGCUUAAAGUGCAGAUGUAUUAGCACCAACUAAAAAAGAUAGUAAACUGGUUCCCUGAUAAAGAAUUAGUGAUGUGCCUUGCCCUUUCCCUAUUUCCUUGACCCCCUGGAUUUCAGUAAUCCUUACACUGGGCCCAGAAUGCUGUUUCCUUCUGACUCCGCUAAAAAUACAGCUCUCUUUCCACGAACAUGCUGUCCACUGGAGAGUGGGUACUUCAUGUGAACUUUCACUUCACUCUGAUGUGAGACAUACAAGUUUCUUGACCAUUAUAAUAUGCAUGAAAAGCUGUGACCUCUCUUUAUACCAUUUUUAAAUGGAACUCCACUCUUUUUGAGUCAACUGCACAUUGGAGCCUAUACUAUAGUGAACCCUACCUCAGACAUCACAUUAGUAGGACAUGUCUUGGAAUUGCCAUGUCAAUAGUUACAAUACCAGCAGGGCUAAACAUUUGCUACAAACACUGUCAUAUCUGCAUGCUGACCCCCAGUUUUUUGGUUGGACAUCAGGUUAUCCUCUAUCUUCAAUAUAUGCUAUUUUUCAUUUGCAUUAUUUAUGAAUUAACACUAUUUUUUAUGUGUACCUCUCUACCUCAGCUUGAAAAGACAGUGUUCUCUUUUUUCCAGUAACCAGUAUUAUAAUAACCAACUAACAUUACCAAUGUGACAUGACUUGGUCAAAAAGCAACUGACAAACAGAUUAUCUGUAUCAAUAUAAUCAAUACAACAAAAAGCCAUGUUACAAGUCACAUUCCAGUAUUAAUUUUUAAAGGCUGACAUAACAAUAUUAUCCAAAAGGCAAACCCUACUGCUGCAUCCUUUGCCUUUGUUUUCCUGUUCUCUCUUAAUUUGUUCUGUUGGUCACCAUCAUCAAACCAGUGAAGUUUCCUGUGAUUAUAAAAAAUGUUGUUUGGCAGGUGCGUAAAUAAAUUACUUUGCUUGAUGUGGCAAAAACAAGGUCCCCAAACCUAUUAUGACAAAGUUACACUUUCUUUGAUACUACAGUUUUGAUGCUCAUUUGAUUUGAGAUUUUAGACUGGUAAACAGACAUACUAUAUCAGGGGUGUCCAAACUACGGCCCGCGGGCCAAAUGCGGCCCGUGGAUGAAUGUUAAGCGGCCCGCAGCUGUCUUAAUAGUCUAUGUUAUGUAUGGCCCGCCAAGCAUAAUUUACAAAAUAGGCCUAUGCAGUUUCAAAAUGUCAACACAAG